AUGGCGGCGGGCCCGGCCCUGCCCCACUCACCCACGCGUCUCCCACCGCAGGUGUGCCAUCAUGCCGACUGCCAGCAGCUGCACCGCCGGGGCCCCCUCAACCUCUGCGAGGCCUGCGACAGCAAGUUCCACGGCGCCUCUCACUGCGGCGGGCACGUUCGCUUCGACCUGCCCCCGCAAGGCUCCAUCCUGGCCCGGAAUGUGUCCACCCGCUCCUGUCCUCCACGCACCAGCCCUGUGGUGGACCUGGAGGAGGAGGAAGAAUGCUGCCUGGAUGGUAAAGGGGACCAGAAAAGCACGGGCCUGAAGCUCUCCAAGAAGAAAGCGAGGAGGAGACACACAGAUGACCCGAGCAAGGAGUGCUUCACCUUGAAAUUUGACCUGUAUGUGGACAUCGAGACAGAGAUCGUGCCAGCUAUGAAGAGGAAGUCGCUAGGGGAGGUACUGCUGCCCGUGUUUGAAAGGAAGGGCAUCUCACUGGGCAAAGUGGACAUCUACCUGGACCAGUCCAACACACCCCUGUCCCUCACCUUCGAGGCCUAUAGGUUCGGAGGACACUACCUUCGGGUCAAAGCCAAGCCAGGGGAUGAGGGCAAGGUGGAGCUCUGCGUGAAGGACCCCAAGUGUCUAAGUCUACCAGUGUUGCGGCCAGCUGGGGCUGGGCCCCCCAUGCUGGAGCGUGUGGACCCCCAGAGCCGCCGGGAGAGUCUCGACAUCUUGGCUCCUGGCCGACGACGCAAGAACAUGUCCGAGUUCCUGGGGGAGGCAAGCAUCCCGGGGCAGGAGCCCUCGGCUCCCUCCAGCUGCUCUCUGCCCAGCGGCAGCGGUGGGGCCAGCGACAGUUGGAAGAACCGGGCAGCCAGUCGCUUCAGCGGUUUCUUCAGCUCCAGCCCCAGCACCAGUGCUUUUGGCCGGGAGGCCGACAAGAUGGAACAGCUGGAGGGUAAGCUGCAUGCCUACAGCCUCUUCGGGCUUCCCCGGCUUCCUGGGCGACUGCGCUUUGACCAUGACUCCUGGGAGGAGGAAGAAGAGGAGGAGGAGGAAGAGGAAGAGAAUGCCUGCCUGAGGCUGGAGGACAGUUGGCGGGAGCUCAUUGAUGGUCACGAGAAGCUGACCCGGAAGCAGUGCCACCAGCAGGAGGCAGUAUGGGAACUCCUCCACACGGAGGCCUCCUACAUCAGGAAACUGCGUGUGAUCACCAACCUGUUCCUGUGCUGCCUCCUCAACCUGCAGGAGUCGGGGCUGCUGUGUGAGGUGGACCCCGAGCGCCUGUUCAGCAACAUCCCCGAAAUCGCGCGGCUGCACCGCGGGCUGUGGGGCGGCGUGAUGGCGCCCGUGCUGGAGAAGGCGCGGCGCACGCGGGCGCCGCUGCAGCCCGGAGACUUCCUCAAAGGCUUCAAGGCGUUCGGCUCCUUGUUCAAGCCUUACAUCCGGUACUGCAUGGAGGAGGAGGGCUGCAUGGAGUACAUGCGCGGCCUGCUGCGUGACAACGACCUGUUCCGCGCCUACCUCACGUGGGCGGAGAAGCACCAGCAGUGCCAAAGGCUGAAGCUGAGCGACAUGCUGGCCAAACCUCACCAGCGGCUCACCAAAUACCCGCUGCUGCUCAAGUCGGUGCUGAGGAAGACGGACGAGCCCCGUGCGAAGGAGGCCGUCCUCACCAUGAUCAGCUCGGUGGAGCGCUUCAUCCACCACGUGAACACCUGCAUGCGGCAGCGGCAGGAGCGGCAGCGGCUGGCGGCCGUCCUGAGUCGGAUCGACGCCUACGAGGUGGUGGAAGGGACCAACGACGAGGUGGACAAGCUCUUGAGAGAAUUUCUGCACCUGGACCUGACAGUGCCCAUCCCUGGCGCCUCCCCGGAGGAGACACGGCAGCUGCUGCUGGAGGGGAGCCUUCGGAUGAAGGAGGGGAAGGACAGCAAGAUGGAUGUGUACUGCUUCCUCUUCACCGAUCUGCUCUUGGUGACGAAAGCUGUGAAGAAGGCAGAGAGGACCAAGGUCAUCAGGCCACCGCUGUUGGUGGACAAGAUCGUGUGCCGGGAGCUUCGGGACCCCGGCUCCUUCCUCCUCAUCUACCUGAACGAGUUCCACAGUGCUGUGGGGGCCUACACAUUCCAGGCCAGUGGCCAGGCCUUGUGCCGUGGCUGGGUGGAGGCCAUUUACAAUGCCCAGAACCAGCUGCAGCAGCUACGAGCACAGGAGCACCCCGGUGGCCAGCAGCACUUACAGAACCUGGAAGAAGAGGAGGAUGAGCAGGAGGAGGAUGACGAAGAGGAUGAAGAAGGCGAGGAAAGCGGAGCGUCGGUGGCCAGCUCCCCCACCAUCUUGCGCAAGAGCAGCAACAGCCUCAACUCCCAGCAGUGUGCCUCAGACGGCUCCACAGAGACCCUGGCCAUGGUGGUGGUGGAGCCUGGCGAGAUGCUGUCCUCCCCGGAGUUUGAUGGUGCCCCCUUCAGCUCCCAGUCGGACGAGACCUCUCUGAGCACCACCGCCUCAUCCAUCACGCCCACCUGCGAGCGGUUGCCCCUGGGCCCGGUGGAUGGCCGCUCCUGCUCCAUGGACUCUGCCUACGGCACCCUGUCCCCCACCUCCCUCCAGGACUUCGUGGCUCCAGCCCCUGUGGCGGAGCCAGUGUCCCGGCCCCCAGAGUCAUCACAGACCUCUUCACCUCGCCUCCGCCGCCGUACCCCUGUCCAGCUUCUGCCUCCCCUGCCUCACCUGCUCAAGUCCAAAUCCGAGGCCAGCCUCCUCCAGCUGCUGCCAGGGGCUGCCCUCUGCGGAGCGCCCUCAGUCCCCAGCCGCAGCUUGUCAGAACUCUGCCUGGCCUCCACAGCCCCUCGGGCUAGGACUCAGGGUUCUCAGGAGCCUGGGCCUAGCUGGGAUUGUCCCCGGGCCCCUUGUCUUGCCCAUGGCCCUCAGCUGUCCAAGUGCCAGGGCAAAGCGAGCUGCCUGUCCGAGGAACCUAUAGGUACUGCUCAGAGGAGAGGCAGAGAGCUAUCUUCUGGAGCUUCUCCCAGGGCCCAGCCUGAGACCCCCCCAGGGAUCUCUGCCCAGCACAGGAAGCUGACCCUGGCCCAGCUCUACCGAAUCAGGACCACCCUGCUGCUUAACUCCACUCUCACUGCCUCGGAGGUUUGAGCAGAGGAGACCCCGAGGGUGCCGUUGGCCAAGGGACAGCAGACAGCAUAGCCCCUGGGAGGCAUGGCAGCUGCUGUGUCGCCUCUGCAUGAGCCGAGUUGGGCACCACGCCUGCCUCACCGCCAGGCCCACCCGCACUUUGCAGACUGGAUGGAGUGGAGCAGGGCUCCGUGCACCCCUUCACCUGCCCAGGCAGCGUCUUGUGCCCCGCUCUUGAAGCUGCCAGCUCUAAUCCUUGGGGCUGGGUACCAGGCCGCCCUUCCCACUGCCGUGGUCACUUGGCCUCCCACAGGAGCCCUCGUCUCCAGGCCUCUCUCCCCCUCCCCCCUCCCAGUCUGAGGCUGGGUUCUGUGAAAAGCUGUGUAUUUAUUGAGCUUCGAUUCUUUUAUAAAGAUGGCAUA